AUGGCUCCAAAACCCAUAGAAUUUAAAAUGGAUAUGAGCCCAAAGUAUGAGAAACCAAUUUGGGAAUCACUUGGUAUCGAUCUGGCCUCGAACAGUGCAGAUAAAUCAGCCGUCAUCCACUUGAUUCGACAGAUCUACAAUCCCAUGUUGCACGACUCUCUUCAAAAGGGAAGUGAUUGGAACUCGACAUUUAAAGGUAAGCUGGGAUUCGAAAUAAGACGCAGGCUCACCGAUAGGCAAAACGAUUUGCCAGCUUUAGUUCGUGCUCAUGUCCCAGAUCCAGAGGCACUUACCCAGUGUAUGUUCAAUGUCCUUCGAUAUUACCGCUUCACUGAUCCUUCAUGGAGAGUCGUCAAUUCUAAUUAUCCUAUUGUUGAAGAUGUCCCUCUACCUGCUCCUGCAGGUGGCCUUGCACCUCGCCCUCCUGCUCCUACUCCUACUCCUGCUCCUGUUCCUGCUCCUUCUCCUGUUGAUAGAAGUCUCCUUAUCGCUGCUCCUGGCCGUCUCCUUGCUCCUGGUCCUGGCCCUGGUCCUGCCCUUGCCGCUGCCCCUGGCCCUAUUCGUGCUCCUCCUAUUGAUGAUGUUCCUUCUUCUGUUCGUCUUCCUUCUUCUGCGCCUGCUCGUGCUCGUGCUCGCCCUCGGCGUCAGCCUCAGCCUCGUGCUCCUACGCCUGCUCCUGCGAGUGCCCCUAGCCCUGCCCCUACCCCUACUCCUAGCCCUGGCCCUGCUCCCACUCCGGCUCCGGCUCCUAAUCCUAUUCCGACCCCUGCUCCCGCUCCUACUCCAAAUUUGUAUCUCGAUGAGCGAGACACAGCGCUAAUGACAGCGCUAAUCGGCGCUGGAUACGGACCCCAGCUACCCGAGACAACAUCUCCUGCUCCCGCCCCUACUCCAAAUUUGUAUUUCGAUGAGCAAGACGCAGCGCUAAUGACAGCGCUAAUCCGCGCUGGAUACGGACCAAUCGACACGACAUCUUCUGCUCCCGCUCCUACUCCAAGUUUAUAUUUGGAUGAGCAAGACACAGCGCUAAUCCGCGCUAGAUACGCAGCUCAGUGGUCUCCCAACCCACCCGACACAACAUCUCCUGCUCCGGCUCCCGCUCCCGCUCCUAGCCGUCUCCGUCUCCUUGCGUCUGCCCCUGCUAGGACUCCUGCUCCUGCUCCUACCCCUGGUCCUGUCCCUGCACCUCCCGUUGAUAGAUGUCUCGUUAUCGCUGCUCCUCCCCUGGCUCGCGUCCCUGUUACAAAGACUGCCACGGGGCCAAAUGCUAAUGAUUCAGGUGAGGCUCCUACUGAUACUGCAGCUCCUCUCAGUGACUCUCUCGCCACGUUUGCCCUCACUCCUACUCCUGGUCCUCAAAUCCAACCUAGCAUUAGUCUCCAUCCAGAUCAUGCUCUCUUUAUUGCAACAGAAGAACUCCACGCCCCUAUCCUAGAUGAACUACAAGAUGGCUACUAUGUGACCGAUCCUACGGAAGCCCCAUCUCCACCUCGCACUGACCUAGAUGUUUUUCGCACCUACUAUUGA